GGGCAAAUGAUGGCACAACGCCUCUCUUUGCCCGGGCGCAGCGAGGCUGCAGAACACUCGCAGCUGCUUCUGCGCGUGCGACCCUGCGAGAAGCCUUCGCCAAUGGUGACGGUGCACGAUCGCGAAGCAAAAGUGGAGGUGGCUCUGGACACGGGACACCACUCCUCCCCCGGCUCCUCUGGGGCACCCACCACCACGACGUUGCACUUCGACAAGGUCUUUCGGGAGGAUCAACAGGAGCUUUUCGCUCAGCUUCAACCUGCUCUUCUGGCGUGUCUAGGUGGUGCCUCAUGUACGGUGUUGGCACAUGGAGGUCCCCAAAGUGGGAAGUCCUUUGCUCUCUCCGGACUCUUUACAUCUGGCGAGACGCACGGUAUCGCUCCACGUGCCAUCCAAGUGAUCACGGAGGAGAUUGAGCGCAUGACUGGGAGCGUCCCAGCCGUGGAGGCUUCAUUCUUUGAGCUUCAACAGGAUGCCGUUUGCGAUUUGCUCUCAGCCAGCGCUCCUCGCGUGGCUAUGAGGGAGACGACCCAGCCCCCCUUUGUGGCUCUGGACCAGCACCUGACGGCCAUGAAGUGUGAUGGAGCCAGUGGAUUUAACCGAUUGUUGGAUGCCUACUUCACAGGAUUGGAACAUCGACGGAAGGGAAACCACACCUGUUUCCAGAUCACCUUCACGAGAGGCAAUCGCAAGAGGUCCUACCUUCGCCUCAUCGAAAUGGUAUGGCCGCGGCCGCAGGCUGGAAAGAAUCCAGGUGCAGGGAAGGCCUCUGUCGCGUUGGAGCAGGUUCUUCAGAGCAAGCUCUCUGGUAGCAGCUGCGGAUACAGAGGAGCACCCUUGGCGUUGUUGUUGAAACCUUGCCUUGAAGGCGCCAGUUCCCUGUGUUUCAUCCACUGCCUGCGCCUGGAACAGGCCCACUUGAGUCAGCUGGUGACCGCGGCUCCGUUGUUGACAAAGAUCUUCCAAUGGAUGAGUAAUGAGAGGAAGUUGUUGAACAAGAACAAACACACUGAAGGUUCACCACCGCCGCCGCGCCAAAGCCGCGGCCCUGUGGUGCCGCCGCUGCAUUUGGACGCUCACUUGGGCAGUACAGGCGGCAGCUGCACCCUGAGCACCGAGCCACUGGAAGAUGUGGAUGGUGUCACAGCCACUUCAGGUGCUGACCCCACCAGUGCCUCGGGUGCCAGCUCGGACAGCAACACCAGGAGGUCUCCCUCGAAGUCUGCGCCAAUGGUGGGAGCCACCUCUGAGGACACCGUCACCGGCGGAGAAGGUGGCACUGGUGAAGCAAGCGCGGGUGUGAAACACUUGCUGUCCGACAGCACGGAGGAGGAGGAUUGUCAGGUGAACAAGCUGAUUGCCCAGCUGCUACAGGUGAAGCGCCGAACGGUGGAAGCGCUUGAACAGGAUGCACGCUGUUCCUCUGGAGCUUUUCAAGAGUUGGACUCGUUGUUGGGCCACAUCAUGUCCACACGUGAGGCACAUGGCAGCGGACCCGAUGAGAGGGAAACCAAUCUGAAGCUGGUCUAUGAACAGGUCUAUCGUUCGAUCCAGCGGUCCACAGAGGAGGUUUCGAAGAUCCGCCAUGAGAUUCAGGAACUGGAAUCCUUCUGCCGCAAGGGCUACAUCCCACCACUCUAUGACGCCUACUCCGCUUCUCAACAGGACAUCCAGAAGAUGAAAGACAUGCAGCAAGCAGCCUCGCGCGUCACGGAAGAAAAGGAGGAGGCCAAGGGCAAGUUGAACAUCAGCGUGCCCUGGGCUGUGGAGGCUUCUCCACAGGUGAUUGAGAUCCCGCAGCUUCCCCUGUCAUGUCUUCAGGGUGACCCUUCCGACGGGCCGCUGCCACAGCCCUACAUCGAGGGUACAGCCUCUGCAUCAAGUUCCAGUGGAUCUUCCAGUAGUUCCGCCCCGGGCACCGAUGUGCGCCGCGCCUCUUUCACCGCGGGCUACACGGUGCCGGUGGUGGCGCCGCCCACCGGCCACGCCGGCCUCGCCGGCCACGCCCUGGCGGUGAAUCCGCCCAGCUGGGCGCAGGCCAUGAAGGAUCCAACCCCAGGUACCAUUCACAAGGCUCCGCCCUUGUCAAUCACACCGCCCAUGCCCAUGGCCUUCUCGCGGCUGCCAGGCGCGGGCUCUCCAUUGCUGCCGUAUCGCCCUGUGACCCCUCCAGUUUGGGAAGCCCAACGGGACCCCACGAGUCCAUGGAGUAUCCCAAAUCAAAAUCUCCAGCUUGCAUGCAUCAUGAUGUUUCCUGGCCGCUUGUCGUUUCAGCAUUGGCCCAACACGUCCCUUUUUCAGAGCCGCGCGCCGCCUGAACGAUUUUCAAUGGCCAAGAGGAGCUCCGCACUGUCUUUGCUGUUGGCCUUGGGCCUUUUUUACGGCCUCCUGUCCCGUGCCUUUGUGUCCAGCGUGUCUGGAGGGCGCACAAGCCACUCUGCACUCCGCGCAGGUGGCGUCAGCGUUCCCACCGGCCUGGUUUGGCCUUCUGCGGAAGCGGAAGAGAAGCUGCGGGAGGUGGAUGGCAUCAAGCUCUACCCGACCCAUGCUUGGAAGGAUGACAUGGAUCCCAUCUUGGAAGCCAGCGGCAAGAUGGAGGACACUCCAGUGAUUGUGGGCGUGGCAGCAGAUUCCGGCUGCGGAAAGUCCACCUUCCUUCGUCGCAUCCUGGGUGCACUGGGCACGGAGGUCAAGCCUGGGCACACCGCCAUCGGUGACAUGAUGACCGUCAUCUGCCUGGAUGACUAUCACACCAACGACCGCGCCGGGCGCAAGGCCACUGGUCUUACUGCGCUGGAUGCCCGGGAGAACGACUUCGAUCUGAUGGGCGUGCAGAUGGAGGCGCUGAAAACAGGCAAGGCGGUGUACAAGCCCAUCUACAACCACAACACCGGCAACAAGGACACUCCUGAGUUGAUCGAGCCCAACAAGAUCAUGGUCUUUGAAGGAUUGCACCCCAUCUACGAUGAGAAGGCUCGAUCGCAGUUGGAUUUGGCCAUCUACAUUGACAUCGUGAACGACGUGAAGUUUGCCUGGAAGGUGCAACGUGACGUGGCAGAGCGCGGCUGGACUGAGGAGCAGGUCCGAGAGGACAUUGAGAAGCGCUUGCCGGACUUCUCGAAGUACGUGGACCCGCAGAAGGCCGAUGCCGAUGUGAUCUUGCGUUACGAGCCUUCGGAUCAGGGCCUGCCUUACCUGAAGGUGAAGUUGAUCCAGAAGAAGGACGGCAAGUUCCCCAUGAUCACCCUGAAGAAAGACAUUACACUGACCGGUAGCAAGCCUGGAGCCGUGAUCAAGAUGUACGAUGACGAGUGGUUUGGCAGCGCCGUGACGGUGGUGGAGAUGGACGGCGAGAUCGACAUGGACAACAUGGAGGAACAGCUGAAGGAGAUUGAAUCCAACAUGGAGGGCCUUCCUUCCAAGACAGACAGCGAACUGACCGAGGCCAUGGUGGGUCUCAAGAGCAGCCCCGGAUCCCAGAACGGCACCGGGCUCCUGCAGACCGUGAUCGCCAUGAAGGUGCGUGAGAUCUACGAGAAGAUCACUGGCAAGGCGGCCUGA